AUGGCUUCUUCUUCUUCCACUACGGUUGAAGUGAAAAAGCAUGAUGUAUUCCUCAGUUUCUGUGGUGUUGACACCCGCUACACUUUUACCAGCACUUUACUUGGAAUUUUGCAGAGCAGUGGUAUUGAUGUUUUCAUUGAUAACGAACUUAAGAGAGGAGAGCACAUUUCUUCAUCUCUUAUGAAGGAAAUUUCGGAUUCCAUGAUUUCAGUUAUCAUUUUCUCGAAAGGUUAUGCAUCUUCAAGAUGGUGUCUGGAAGAACUUGUGAAGAUCUUGGAGUGCAGGACUACGGAAAAACAGGUGGUAAUACCAGUUUUCUAUCAUAUCAAUCCAUCAGAUGUAAGGCAUCAAACUGGAUAUUUCGGAGAGGGAUUUAAAAAGCUUCUAGGAAGUUUGGAUAAGGGGAAGUUAGAGAGGCUACAACGGACAGAAGAACAAUGUACAGAGAAGGUGCUGCAGUGGAAGAAUGCUUUGAGAGAAGCAGCUAAUGUAUCCGGCCGAUCAACAGAAGAGGACCCGUUCGAUUAUAGUCUUGCAAAUAAAGUUCUCCAAGAUAUUUGGCUGACACUAAACAACAUGAUCCCGACUAAUAAUUACGGAGAUUUGGUUGGUGUUGCAUCAACCAUCCCCCAUGUUAUAGAUUUAUUGAGCACUCGGUCGGGAAAUGUCCAUGUUAUAGGAAUUUGGGGAAUGCCUGGUAUAGGUAAAACAACUAUUGCAAAUUGUGUAUUCAACCAAAUAAGAAGUCGUUUUGAGGGUUCUUAUUUUGCUGACAAUAUUAGGGAAAAAUCAAUGAGUCCUAACCAACUAAAACCAAUGUGGCAAGAACUUCUUUCAACUAUUUUUAAACGUGCUGAUUUGGUGAUAAAUUCCAAAGUAACAGAAACAAUGCUUAGACGAAAACGGGUUCUUAUUGUUUUUGAUGAUGUGAAAACUUUGAGUCAAAUAGAAUAUUUAGUUGGAGAUCUUUAUUCCUUAGGUCCAGGAAGUUGA